GGCGGCGCCGCUGCUGAUGUGGCGGAGGGUGGGAGGCAGCCGCGGCUCCCGGAUGGAGAGAGGCUGCCAAUGCUGGAGAGGGUGGUCCAGGGUGGGGGUCCAAGAACAGGUCCCCAGUGAGCCAAAGCCGGGGAGACAGGGUCUCAGGCAUAGGCCAUCUCUUGCCAAACCUCAGGAAACGGAUCCUCGGCACAAGACACCCCCUCGCCCAUCAAAAACAGGGGUACAGAGAUUCUAGGUACAACUCCCAGGCAAGGUUUCGGGGACCGGGUGCGGGACACAGCCCCAAUAUGAAGCCAAGGCCUCCAGGAGGCAGUUCCAGACACAGUCCCUCUCCCUCCCUACUGGGAGACAGGGAAAUCUCAGCACAACAACGCCCGAGGUAGGGUCUUGAGAAUGGGGUCCCUCUGAACAGCUCAGCUUCCCCACCAAGCCUAGGCCUGGAGGGACUCCAAGCACUGCCUGCCCCUAGGCCUCAGAGGCGUCAUGGGUACAGCCUCCUUCCAGUCCCUGGGCGGUGUCCCAGGCACAUCCCCUUCUCCCUCUGCCUGGGACCCCACCCUGUCCCAGCCUGAAUAAAAUGAGGAAAAUUUUAGGAGCCCUCCUCCCAGGGCACAGGUCCUCCAAGCCACCCCUUUUGUCCCUAGGUCUGCCCAGCUAUCCAAGAGAGGCCCUGCCCAUAGACAAUGCACAGCUUUCCCUACCCGACCCGGCCCCCCAGGCUCCAGGAUUCAGGCUGGGCUGGGGGCAGAUCCCCAGGGACCCGGUGCAACCCUGUCUGUCUGCAGCAUCUGUGGUGGUGACAGGCGGCUUUGUGUGUGGUACCUAGAGGGAAGGGUGGAAGCAACAGACAGGGAGGUGGCUAGGAGUGUGACCCCAUGUUUGUGUGACUGUGGCUGUAUGUGUGCAUGCACUGCAGCUGGUAACUGAGGGAUCCUGUGUUGUAUGUUUGUGUGCUGUGGUGGUAGGUGGUGGUGUCUGUGUGUGAGCCCAGUAUUCAUGUGAUUAUGUAUGUGUGAAAGAUGACUGCUCACUGUGUGUGCAGACCCUCCACAUUUUAGUCUGUCUGUAUUUGGGUGGGUGCAUGGUUGUGACUGUGGGAUUUUGUCUAUGGUUAUGUCUUUUGUGACCCCGUGUUUGUGUGCCUUGGUAUAUGACAGUGUGUGUGCUGAGUCUGGGGACAGGCAUGUAUGUGACUGACUGAAGGUGUGGGUGGAGUUGUGACGAUAAGUGGAGUUGUGUCUAUGGCUCCAUGUCCAUGUGUGACACUCCUAGUGACUGUGAGAAUGUUGUGGUUGUGUCUGAGUUGAUUUUGUAUAUAUGUGUGUGACACAGUACUGUGUAGCUCUGGGUAUGUGACUGCCACCGUAUCUGAAGUCACAUUGUGCCUGUGUGACUGGAAUUGUAUGAUGGCAGUGUGUGUGGCAGUGGUUGUAUAUUUUCAGCUGCGCGUGACUGGGACUGUAUAAAUGAUGUCUAGCUGUGUGUGUAAUUGUGAGUGACUGUAUAUGUACACCCUUGUAUGUGUGACUUGGGCCAUGAAUUUGUGUUUUUUGAGGGGGAUUAUGGAUUUGACUCGGUGUCUGCGCUUGGCUAUUUUGACUCAAGCUAUGGAUGUGUUUAUGUACAUGUGUGUGUGUGACUGUGGGUAUUUUCCUGUGCAUGUGUGACCCAUGUACCUGUGAUCCUGGGUGGCUGUGUAUGUCUGUGUACUAGUCUGUGUAUGUGUGCAUGCUAGACCAUGUGUGUUUGAGUCUGUGAAUUGAUGAGCUGGCUGGACCCCGACUGCACCUGGCUCUGUCAGAGACCAUGACUUCUGUGUCAAAUGGCAAUAAAUGCUAUGUCUAGGUCACUGAAUUUCUGUCCAUACACCUGACUAUGUACUUGUAAUGUGGGAAACGGGAACUGUACGUAUGUCUCUGUGUGUGAGAUAUUAUGUAUAUAGGUGGGCUAUGACUUUACACAUAGGGCCACACAUACUUGCCAAUGUGACUUGUGUGUUUGAAGGAAGAAAGAGUUAUGUUUUUGUGAUGGUGUGACAUGGUACAGCUGUGUAUGGGACACUGAGAUGGCUGGGUAACGUGGACACUGAUGCUGUGUGCCUGUGCAUACAUGUACGACCAUUUUGGGGAUGUACUCGGCUGGGUCUGAGGGUGGCCAUGCUUGGGGUUGUCUCUGGGUGGGUGUAUGCUGUGCCUUGCAUAUGUAUGCCCGUCUUGUGUCUUGCGUGGGCCAAGGCCGUCAGUAUGUCUGCGUGUGGUUGUGUACAGCGUCAUACAAGUGUGACCAUCACAGAGCACUCUGUAACAGAUAUGGUCACCAGAUGUGAGCAGCUAACACUGGACAUGUGUGACUGUGUGACAGUGUGCGACCAUACAAGGUGUGUUGGUGAGACUGAUACAGCUGAUGUUGACUGUCGAUGUGUGGCAGUGGCUGUGUGUGGCUGUGUGGGCUCUGAAAGACCAAAUCUUCAUCAGUCCGUUUAUGUGCAUCCAGAUGUCAGUGUGCAGCACUGGAAAUGUGUGUGACAAGUGUAUGUAGCUGUGACUAUGUCAGUGUGAGAGUGGGUGCUUACAGGUGGCCAAAUGGGUGAACCCAGAUGGGGUGUGAUUCUUUUGGGGGUGGAGGGGCUGUAACAUGGGUUUCUUGGGUGGCACCCGAGGAAACACAACUGUCACUGGGUGCGGUUGUACCUGUGAGUCCUUGUGGGUGUGCCUGAGCCCAGCACUUUGUAUGUGGCUGAGAAAAUAGGAGUAACCAAGUAUCAGUCCCUGGCUGACCAGGUAUUUGUGGAGGGGCCUAGGCAGGCUGGGGAGUCCAUAUGUAUGUGGACGAAAGUCUGUGGUAGAGCUAUGUGUGUCUGAGAACAUGAACAUGUGGCCAAGCUGUCUGUGGCCCUGACUAUUUCUGUGUCUCUGUGUGACCUGAAGCCUGGAGCUGUCAUGUGUCUGUGUAACUAAGUGUGCAUAGCUAUAACCCAGUGUUAAGGACAACUGUAGACAUGCAUUGGCUACAUAUGUGUGACUAUGUUUGUGUGUAGUCCUGGGCAUGUAUCCAGAGGGCAGAGCCACUCCCCUCACGCCAUCCAUCCCCUUAGGUAUUGAGGGCCUCCUGAGGCCAGCACAUCUCCAACAAUGCCUACCCCCUAAACACAUCUACUCUUCCUGGACCCUCAGAACAAGGUAGCUGGUCUCCCUGGUAACAGCUGCUAUGACAACCAGGGCUCUCACCAGGCAGUCUGAAAUGGAGGGGGUUGGCUGAAGUCCAAGGGCGGACCCAGGAGGCCUGAACAGUGUUUGCCCCCAGCCCCCUGUGGGGCCCCGGGGCCCCCUGAAACCUUCAGGACGGAGUCAGAGUCUCCAUCUGCCAUCAGUGCCUCCAGCCCUGGGUGUCCCCUCACCCUCCUUCUGGAACUUUCAGGACAGCUUAUAAGCCACUGAACACUCUCCUUAGGGCUGGCCACUUCCACUCUCAUCGCGCUCACGCGUGCGCGCACACACACAGUCCAACUGCCGCAGGCACAGAGAGGGGCUGUGUCUCCGAGCUACUAAGACAAGACACCCCCUCUCCCCCACACACAGAGCAGGCUCCUGACUUGACCCCUGGACUCUCCGAGGCCCCUAAUCCCACCCUUCCCACACCCAGCUCCUACACCCUGAGACCCAUGCAGCUCCCAGUCCUGGGCCCUCUGAGCACCCCUUCCCCUGGCCCUCAUACCCUUGGGGCCCUGACCCUUGUGGCCUCUAAUCGUGAAUCCACCAGCAUCUUGACUUCCCAGCCUUUGGAUGUUCUUGCUUCUUGUUGGUCACAGCCCCAGCUGCUAAGCCCCUAAAGCCUUCGACCCAUGAUCUCCUCACCUCCGGGCUCCUUACCCCGUGUUCCUGAAUCCCUGCUGCACAACCCUGCAAUCCUGUGCUUUCCCCAUGUGCCCUGAAUGCCCCGUCCUCGACCAGCGACCCCUCCUCCUAGAACCUCAUUCCCAUGCUAUCCAGCCCUAUACUCCUUGAGCUCCAAAACUUCUGACCUCCAGUCCUGACCUUGACCGACACUGCUGCCCUGUGUCACUAGACGGGGCGGGCACCAUGAACAAGUUACGGCAGAGCCUGCGGCGGAGGAAACCAGCCUAUGUGCCCGAGGCAUCGCGUCCACACCAGUGGCAGGCAGACGAGGACGCUGUGCGCAAGGGCACGUGCAGCUUCCCGGUCAGGUACCUGGGUCACGUGGAGGUGGAGGAGUCCCGGGGGAUGCACGUGUGUGAAGAUGCCGUGAAGAAGCUGAAGGCAAUGGGCCGGAAGUCUGUGAAGUCCAUCCUGUGGGUGUCUGCUGAUGGGCUCCGAGUGGUGGAUGACAAGACCAAGGAUCUGCUGGUGGAUCAGACCAUCGAGAAGGUCUCCUUCUGUGCACCUGACCGCAACCUGGACAAAGCUUUCUCCUACAUAUGUCGGGAUGGCACCACGCGCCGCUGGAUCUGCCACUGUUUCCUGGCCCUCAAGGACUCUGGGGAGAGGCUGAGCCAUGCUGUGGGCUGUGCCUUCGCCGCCUGUCUGGAGCGGAAGCAGCGCCGGGAGAAGGAGUGCGGAGUCACUGCCGCCUUUGACGCCAGCCGCACCAGCUUCGCCCGCGAGGGCUCCUUCCGCCUGUCGGGGGGCGGACGGCCUGCGGAGCGCGAGGCCGCAGACAAGAAGAAAGCAGAGGCAGCAGCUGCUCCCACUGUGGCUCCCGGCCCUGCCCAACCUGGGCAUGUGUCCCCAACACCAGCUACCACAUCCCCUGGUGAAAAGGGCGAGGCAGGCAUCCCAGUAGCUGCAGGCACUACUGCUGCUGCCAUCCCCCGGCGCCAUGCCCCUCUGGAGCAGCUGGUUCGCCAAGGCUCCUUUCGAGGGUUCCCAGCGCUCAGCCAGAAGAACUCACCUUUCAAACGGCAGCUGAGCCUACGGCUGAAUGAGCUGCCUUCUACGCUGCAGCGCCGCACUGACUUCCAGGUGAAGGGCACAGUGCCGGAGAUGGAGCCUCCUGGUGCCAGUGACAGUGAUGGCAUCAAUGCCCUGUGCACGCAGAUCAGCUCAUCCUUUGCCAGUGCCGGAGCACCAGCAUCAGGGCCACCACCUGCCACAACAGGGACUUCUGCUUGGGGUGAACCCUCUGUACCCCCUGCAGCUGCCUUCCAGCCUGGGCACAAGCGGACACCCUCGGAGGCUGAGCGGUGGCUGGAGGAGGUGUCCCAGGUGGCCAAGGCCCAGCAGCAGCAGCAGCAACAACAGCAGCAAGCAGCCUCAGUGCCCACCAUGCCACCUACCCUGCAGCCCUUCCCUGCCCCCAUGGGGCCCUUUGACACAGCACCUGCCCAGGUGGCCAUGUUCCUGCCACCCUCACACAUGCAGCCCCCAUUUGUGCCCGCCUACCCGGGCCUGGGCUACCCCCCAAUGCCCCGGGUGCCCGUGGUGGGCAUCACUCCCUCGCAGAUGGUGGCCAACGCCUUCUGCUCCGCUGCCCAGCUCCAGCCCCAGCCCUCCACUCUGCUGGGGAAAGCUGGGGCCUUCCCACCUCCUGCCAUGCCCAGUGCCCCUGGGGGCCAGGCCCAUCCUCGCCCCAAUGGGGCCCCCUGGCCCCCAGAGCCAGUGCCCACGCCUGCCCCCGCCCCUGAGUUGGACCCCUUUGAGGCCCAGUGGGCAGCAUUAGAAGGCAAACCCACUGUGGAGAAGCCCUCCAACCCCUUCUCUGACGACUUGCAGAAGACUUUCGAGAUUGAACUGUAGCCCGAGCUGCUCGGCCCACCCUGUCAUCCCCAGGUUCGACACACCUUGGAGUGGAGGCACAACCUCUCCCCUCAUCCGGCUCCUUCAACAUCCCCCUAAGCCCUUCUCUUCACCAGCCCCAUAACCACUACAGAAGCAGGGUUGUGAUGCCCAGGUGUGGUGGGAUGGCAUUUGGGGAUGGGCCCAGCCUGGCUAGGGAGCCAUUUCACGGCUGGACUCAGGCUGGUGACACCCUGCCUCCACCCCCAGGGGCCGUUCCAUGGCUGAGGCUCCAUGGAAUGCCCUCCGUCCAUGCUCCCUUUCCCAGUUUCUGUCGACCUUCCACCUUCUGGUGUUGGGCAGGAUGGAGAGGGGACACCCACUUAGGGGCUCUCCUGGGCCCCACGUGAGUGCCCAGCCAAGUCCAGGGUCUCCUCCUCACAUACACAGCACAAGCUAAGGGCUCCUCCCUGCCCACACGCAUUCACUGCCAAUGCUCUACUCUCCCUGCCACCCGCCCCCUCUUCGGGGCCUGGGUCUUCUGGGGGCCGAGGUCUCAUGGGGGCAGGGGCCAAGUUGGAGGCCUAGGAGAUGGGGGAGGGGGAAGGGAAAAGAUGCUCAGUUACCUCACAUCAGUGCCCGCUGGGAGGUGGUCCCGGAAGAGGGGAAGGGGUACCUGGCGGGUACUUUUCUAUCUUUUAUUUCCAGAUUUUUUUUUUGUAUCUAAACUUGUGCAGAUUUGUAUUAUACAAGGACAGCCAAUAAAGGAAGACUAUAAUGGUGCCCCUCA